AUGUGUGGGAUCUUUGGUUAUGUUAACUACUUGGUGGAUAAAUCAAGAGGCGAGAUUGUCGACACCUUGAUAGAAGGUUUACAGAAGUUGGAGUACAGAGGUUACGACUCCACAGGCUUAGCUGUCGACGGAGACGACGACAAGGCUUUCAUCUUCAGACAAGUUGGCAAGGUCGCCGCCUUGAGAGACCACAUCGAAAAGGAUCUGCGUCCGGAUACAGACAAAAUCUUCUCUAGCCACGUUGGUAUCGCACAUACUAGAUGGGCUACUCACGGAAACGUGACAGAAAACAACUGUCAUCCUCAUACAUCUGAUCCAAACAACGAGUUCGUCGUGGUUCACAAUGGUAUCAUCACCAACUUCAGAGACUUGAGAAUUCUGUUGAAAGGAAAGGGUUUCAAGUUUCAAACCGACACUGAUACUGAAUGCAUUGCUAUGCUAUUCAAACAUAUUUAUGAUACAAACCUGAAAAAUGGCCAUGAAGUUGACUUUAAUGAACUGAUGAAACAGGUCCUCUACGAGCUUCAAGGUUCUUAUGGUCUAUUGGUCAGAUCUUCACACUACCCUGGUGAGAUCGUUGCCACUCGUAAGGGUUCUCCUUUGCUUGUAGGUGUUAAAACCGAGAGAAAGAUGAAGGUCGAUUUUGUGGAUGUUGAGUUCAAUGAUGACCCAGAGAGUCAAUUUGCCUCUCCUAACUCUUUAAGAUUUCCUUCUGACAAAACUGCCAAACCCUCAAACAGCAGUAAAUUCCACAAAUCGCAGUCAAGAGCUUUUCUUUCAGAGGAUGGUAUUCCGAUGCCAAUGGAGUUCUUCCUUUCUUCAGACCCAUCCUCCGUUAUUGAGCACACCAAGAAGGUUCUAUUUUUAGAAGAUGAUGAUAUUGUUCACAUCUACAACGGUGAAUUGCACAUUCAUCGUGCCACAAAAGAAAAGGGUAUUCCGGCCACGAGAUCCAUUUUGACUUUAGAAAUGGAGUUGGCUGAGAUUAUGAAGGGUCCUUACAAGCAUUUCAUGCAGAAAGAGAUCUUCGAACAACCUGACUCUACUUUCAACACCAUGAGAGGUAGAAUCGACUUCAACGAAAACGUGGUUCGUUUAGGAGGUUUGAAAGACUGGCUACCUACUAUCAAGAGAGCUAGUCGUUUUCUAAUGAUUGCCUGCGGUACCUCAUACCACUCAUGUCUCGCAACCAGACCAUUAUUCGAAGAACUAGCUGGAGUGCCUGUCUCUUUGGAAGUUGCUUCUGAUUUCCUGGACAGAUCAUCUCCAGUUUCGAAGAAUGACGUUUGCUUUUUCGUCUCUCAAUCUGGUGAAACUGCUGACUCAAUGCUUGCCCUCCAAUACUGUAUCGAACAGGGUGCUACUACUGUUGGUAUUGUAAAUUCUGUUGGUUCUUCCAUUUCUCGUCAAACUGAUUGCGGUGUCCACGUCAACGCUGGUCCUGAGAUCGGAGUUGCCUCCACCAAGGCUUAUACCUCCCAGUACAUCGCCUUGGUCAUGGUUGCCCUGUCCUUGGCCAGUGAUUCCAUCGCUUUGCGCAAUCGUUGUAUUUCAAUUAUUCAAGGACUGAAAAGAAUACCCGAACAAAUAAAGAGAUCCCUUGAACUUGAGGACCAGAUCAAAGACAUAUGUGACAAGCACUUGAAUGGCCAGAAGAAUGCCUUAUUGUUAGGUAGGGGUUACCAAUUUGCCACCGCUUUGGAGGGCUCUUUGAAAAUCAAGGAAAUCUCCUACAUUCAUUCUGAGGGUGUUGCUGCAGGUGAGCUAAAGCAUGGUGUUCUUGCCCUUGUGGAUAAAGAUCUUCCUAUUAUCGCAAUAGCAACCAAAGAUUCACUGCUUCCAAAGGUGCAGUCUGCUAUCUCACAGGUUACUGCCAGAGAAGGUCGUCCUAUAAUUAUCGUCAAUGAGGGACAAAAACUUCAAACUAACAAGAAAGAAUUGGCCUUUAUUGAGGUACCCGAGAACGUUGAUUGUCUGCAAGGUUUAAUUAAUGUCAUACCAUUGCAGUUAAUGAGUUACUGGUUAGCAGUCAACCAGGGGAUUGAUGUUGACUUUCCUAGAAACUUGGCUAAAUCUGUCACUGUUGAGUGA